CGCAAAUUAAGGCGACAUGCGGAAGUAAAUAAUUUGUAUCCUUAAGAAGUGAUUUUGUUAAUUAACACUGCUUAUCGUUUGACAGUUAUAUAUGUGUUAAAUCUAGAAAACAUUCAGGUGCUGUAGAAGAGACAUGGUAGUAAGAUGACAGGGGCUAGUAUAGACUUGGAUAUAUUAAAGGAUAUACCUGGGUAUAAAGGCAUACUUAAAGCUGUACUCCGAUAUCAAAUACAGCAGUUGGUGGAGCAGUUGUGUAAACAUGGUGGAGAAGAAUCUGUUGUGCUGUCAGCAAAUGUGACAGAGGGGACGCUGAGUCAUCUGGGGACUGAGGCAGGGAAAGGAUUCCUUAUUGACAAUAAUGAGGUUAAAAGACAGUACCUGGGUUACUGUUUAAAAAAUUACCAGAAAAGAAAGUCAGAGUUUAUGUCACCGACUGUGUCCAAUGAAGAAAUACAACCUGCUAAAUUUGCGUUUUCAAAGCGGGAUUCCAUGGUCAGCUAUCCGGUGCAUAAGAAACCGUAUUUUAGGGCUCAACGUAGGAAUACGCGCCUUCGUUCUGGUGGUAAACAGUUCUCUACAUUUUACUCUAAGACCGGUUUGAAUCGUCCUACUCUUCAGAAAAUAGCCACACAAGGAGCAUAUAGAGUGAUAGAAGAAGACGCCUCCCAAAAUCAGAGUCAGUUUUCAAGACAGAUUGACUCCGCAAAGCAACAUGAAAUGUUGAAUCCACAGUAUAAAGGUCAAAGGUUAUUUGAUGGAGGUCAAAGGUCAGAAAUUGCCCUGAAAGCUGAAUAUCAAACAGACGAAGGGAAUUCAAGUGAGGGACAAAAUGAAAGGGAGGUAACUGUGAAAAUGGAGCCUUCACAGGAAGUUGAUGAAACAGGAAGUAUGAAUUCAACUAAAUUGUCAGAGGAUAUCCAAACAUUAGAAGGGGGUAGACUAGGUCACCAUUUUUCGCCAAAUGUAUCUAUGGAAACUGAAGAUUCUUUCUCUGAGGGAAACCAGUCAUUUGAAUACGUUUUGGACCAAGAGAACUCUGAAGGUGUCAUAUCACCAUGGAAACCAGACGAGAUGGAAAAACUGUCACAAUUCACAUCAAAGCGGAAGCAGGCGCUUCCAACAAGAAUAAACAAAAGUACUGAACAAAUAAAGGAUAAAAAUGAAGUGUUCAGUCAGUUUUCACAGUCAAAAGGUUCGACAUGGACUCAAGAACAAUUAUUUAAUUUAUCGGCAGAUAAUACGUCCUAUAUGGAAGGAGGUGCUGACAUGAACUGGGCCGAGGAAAGCCAUCAGACAGGAGGAAUUAAAUCGUAUAUGAAAACACCCCAGAUUGAUGGUCUUUUCGUCUCACGAGGUGAAGGUCGUUACGAAAAAUUAAUCAAAUGUGAAGACUGCGGAAAGGUGUGUCGUACCAGUAACAUGGCCCGUCACAAAAAGCGAUAUUGCACUACGUUAUCGUCCAGUGGUCGAACGCGUAAAAACUAUUCACAAGCCAUUAAAGAGAUAUCUUUUGAUGGUUCAAAAUUGGACAUUUACGUAGAUAACCCAGAAAAUGAAUUGCAUCCAAAUCAGAAAAGUGGAACUUUGCGAUCAAUAUUACCGAAACAAAAAGACAACUCUGUGAUCAGAAAUACAGAUGCCAGUGAAAUUAAUUUAGGUAAUCAAAGUGAUGAUUUUGUUCAUAGGCGCAAUGAUUUUGGAGCACAUUCGCUAAAAAGCGAGUCAAGUUAUGAUGGCGAUUUUAGGGAGGAAGGUAUGAACAUAAUUGUGAAACAAGAACCUGUAAACCAUUCUGAUGGUAUAUAGAGAUAGAAACUAUACUGCCAUAGAGAGACCAGUACCAUAUAGGGACAAUUUCCAAAAUUUGUUUCUAGUUAUGUCUGAUAGUGAUAUUAUAGCUAGCUUUUUACAUUUGUUAAUUAAGAUCAGCAUCUUAGUAUCAUCUGCUAAUCUGAUUGAUAAUUGUUACAUAGAAAUUACUUAUUUAAAUUUGUUUGAUAAAAAAUUAAAAAAUGUACUGGUAGAUUUUGUUUUGUUUGCAUUCAUAUAAAAUGCAAGUCAAGGCAAAACAAGCUUUGCUUAACAGUUCAUCAGAAUUUUUAUGAAUUUUGUACAUUUAUUACAUUUGUAUAGAAAUUUUGUAUAAAGGGUUUCUAUUUCUCUUUGCCAGAGUUUUGAUAUGGCAGUGAUGUGCUUUACUUUAUUAUAAUAUAGUAUCUUGCGUUUUAGCAGAAAAGCAUAACGACCCAAUUUUCAAAUAUUAAAGGGACACAACUGAGAAUAAUGAAAUUUGUUGUGAAAAAUGAUAUUCAAAUAAAAAGUGUUUUAAUGGUUUAACCUCUAAUUUGGUCUUAAUGUCUUAAUCACAUUAAAUUUCAAUUUAAUUUUAACUACUGUAUUCC